GCGCCGGCGCCUUCCGCUGUUUGGCCGUUUCCAUGACGACCAAGUCAGUCGGCUGGUGGUUCCCCGGCGGGAGAAUGAAGCUCAAGGGCCUCCUGCUCCGGUAUUACCCGCCAGGAAUUAUGUUGGAAUAUGAAGAAAGUGAACAACUAAAGACCAAAUCCAUAGAUCUGCUCGAUCUCCAUACCAGUACAGAUGUCAAUGCCUUAGUACAAGAGAUACAGAAAGCAGAACCUCUAAUCACAGCUUCACGAGCAAACCAGGUCAAACUUUUAAUACAGAGGUUACAAAAUAAACUCGGACAGUACAGCAACCACAAAUUCUAUCUUUUUAAGGUUCUCAGAGCACAUAUACUGCCAUUGACUAACGUUGCACUUAAUAAAUCAGGCUCAUGCUUUAUCACAGGAAGCUAUGAUCGGACAUGCAAACUCUGGGACACUGCCUCUGGAGAGGAACUUCACACCCUGGAGGGUCACAGGAAUGUGGUUUAUGCCGUAGCAUUCAACAAUCCUUAUGGUGACAGAAUUGCCACUGGAUCCUUUGAUAAGACUUGUAAACUAUGGAGUGUAGAAACCGGAAACUGUUACCAUACCUUUAGGGGUCAUACAGCAGAAAUAGUGUGUUUAUCGUUUAAUCCUCAAAGCACAUUGGUGGCUACUGGAAGUAUGGACACAACGGCCAAACUGUGGGACAUUCAGAAUGGAGAGGAAGUGUUCACUCUCACAGGACACUCAGCUGAAAUCAUCUCUUUGUCCUUUAACACUUCAGGAAACAGAAUCAUCACGGGGUCUUUCGAUCAUACAGUUACAGUGUGGGAUGCUGAUACUGGAAGGAAGGUGUACACCUUAAUCGGGCAUUGUGCUGAGAUCAGCAGUGCCUUAUUCAACUGGGAUUGCUCUCUGAUAUUAACUGGCUCUAUGGACAGAACCUGCAUGCUGUGGGAUGCUACAGAUGGAAAAUGUGUGGCAACAUUGACAGGCCAUGGUGAUGAAAUACUAGACAGCUGUUUUGAUUACACUGGAAAGCUUAUUGCGACGGCUUCGGCUGAUGGAACAGCAAGAGUUUUCAGUGCAGCCACGAGAAAAUGCAUUACCAAAUUGGAAGGCCAUGUAGGUGAAAUUUCAAAGAUUUCUUUCAACCCCCAAGGGAACCGUCUUCUCACUGGCAGCUCUGACAAAACAGCUAGAAUCUGGGAUGUUCAGACGGGUCAGUGCUUCCAGGUUCUUGAGGGACACACAGAUGAAAUCUUUUCAUGUGCUUUCAACUAUAAAGGUGACAUAAUCAUCACAGGUAGGGGAGAAAUAAACACCAUCGACUUAGUUUUCCUUUCAAAUUGGCUGUUAGAGUUACGAAGCUGGAUACCAAAAGGAGACACCCCCAUCCCCACCAGGGUCCCUAGCUCAUCUUGGUGCCUUUUAUGUCCUUUAUUUCAUUUUAGUUGCAUUGCAGAACCACAGGAGUGAGCUCUGCCACUGACUGUAAGGCUUUAUGAAUUCUCAGUUUCAGUUGCUCCAGGCGAAGUAAGAAUUCAGUAGCCUGCCUUCUUCCUGUUUACUACAUUUCCCCAGGCACAGUCCAUCAGAUGGUCAAUACUCAGUUGACGGCAGUAAAUGUUAGUAACUAAAACAAGUCAGGACCUGAGUUCUUCACAGUGGGAUUUAUAGCCCAUUAGAGAUUUGUUCUUUGAGUGAAAUUGUUUUCUCCUUGGAUGUCCCCUCGUGACACAUUAAUAUUGGGGGAAAAGAACACAUAUUGAGCAAUUUUUCAAUGAUUAAUGAUUUAUUGUGAAUAAAUUAUAUUAGCGAUAUUUUAUAAGAACUGGAUUGAGAUCAGGUUAAUUUAGAUUGUGGAAACGGGAAAAAAAUGACAAGAAUAUGGCACUACGUUAGUGCACUGCCUCUGGAGGAAACCUUGGCAGGGAGUGGGAUGCUACAGUGGUGUUGGGUAGGGAUGCCCUCAGAGGGCACAGAGGAGCGAAUCUGCCUAACUCUUAGUGAUUCUCAUUGUGUCCAGAAGAUUUUCACAUUGCUUAACUAGUCUAGUAAGUGAAAUGUCACAUAUACAAAGUUGGCUUUAUAUAUUGGCUGAUUAGGUAGCUUCCUAAUCAUAUAACUUUAGAGGUGCUGAGAAUAAUCUCCCCUUUGCCCUGAAAUACCACCCCUUUCCACCUAAUUAUGGAUAAUUUCUAAAAUUGCAGAUUACUUCCUUUGGGCUUACGGUUAGCGAGUGUUACUAAAACGUAGGUACUCCUAAGACAAGGCCAUAAUAAAGAAUGUUGGAUCCUUUCUCACAAUGAGGAAGGAGGUGGGAGGUUGUGACAGGAAGCACAGGAGCUGAGGGCAGGCUUUCCUAGUCUACACCGUUCAUGUUAAGCCGGGUCAGCUAUGCAGUACCUCUUCCCCUCAGCCACAGAAGACCCUGAGAGUUAGGGAAGGAACAUGUGUUGAUUGUGCCUUGUUUUAGUGGUGGCCUUCAAAUGCCUGAGCUCUUUUAAGAUAUUAUCGAUUUAUUUAGUAUUUCCCAAAGCACCAACAUGCUAAAUACUGACCCACUAGAUGCCAGCGCUUAUGAGAAUGGGGGUGACACGUCUGCCUGGCCUUCAGCAGAGCACCGGGUUUGAACUGAUCUGUCCUGUUUCUUGUCAGACCCCGGUGUGAUUAACUGCAUUUUUUAGUGGACUGCCUGAGGGUUUAGAGUCACUAAAUGGAAAGAAACUGUCUGGUGUGGUCAUGACACUUUUAAAAAUACGAGGUGCCUUUGCGGGGAAUGUGCGGUGUUCACAGGCUUUCCCGAUCCGUGCAGCCCUCACACUUCCUCUAUCGAUGGUACCUGCCUGGCUGCUGAGGUUGAGAGAAGCAGCAGCGCCCAGCACUGCUCCAUACCAGGGCCGUCAUUCCCACAGACAGAAUGUGAAUGGCAUCCCUGGGGGAGGAGUUGUAUCAAGGCUGCUUUGGAAGAGUGUCGAUCAUAGUCGUGGGGCGGGCGGGAGGAUGCAAAUUUCACAUUCUGACCGACGAUGAGAAAAAUCUGUUGACAUUUUGAGACGUUCCAAAGUGGGAUGGGCUGCCCCCUCAUAAGCUAGUCACUCAAACCUGGAGAUGUUCAAAGUCACCAUAUUUCCACCUCGUGGCCAUGUGUGAAGGUGGGGUGGGGAGAUAAGCAGAGGGACGGCCGAUGUGGCUGCAUUCUCCGGUCCUCUCCAAUUCUCAGAUGCCAUGAAUCUCGCGGGGGUGCGUAGGUAGAAUGUGAACUUGCCCAAUUUAUGACUGACAUGGAAAAAUGCAAAAAAAAAAAAAAAGAUUCCCGCCCCCCAAACGCCUGAGCUGCUGAGGGGCUCUCCAGCUGGGCACCGAGGCUCUAGCACGUUAAACAUACUGAUCAUCGACAAUGACCCAGAAAAUGUCAACCUGUAAAAACAGAGAGAGCUAAGUGAGUAAAAUAAAGAAAACUAACUUUGUGAAAUUUGCUUUAUUAGGUAGCAAGGAUAAUACCUGUAGGAUAUGGCGCUGAUUGAAGAAAGCCAGUGCAUGAGGAAACUUGCCGCUUGGCAUCACAGCCAGACAGCAAGCUAUUGUGAGAGUUCAUGUUUUCUCUUUGUCCACAAGUCAACCUUUCAUACACUGUCGUUAGCUUCACAGAUACGACCAUUAAAGCUGAUGGACUUAUAUCAUUCCUUGAUAUUAUUUGGUAGAGAUGACAGGAACAAGCAUCCUGUGUGGCAAAUGUCACUGGUUAUUUCAGUUUUCUUUCUUGAUAGCAUCACGAUACUGAUAAAUGAAGCAAGAGUAAUGUAACAACGUGUCUCCUAGAUUCUACUUUGAAGCCUAUUAUUAUAAUUUCUG